GAUGAUGAAAUAAUUCUUCUCACUUUGAUGGUCAGCUUAUCAAAAUAAGUAUAUACCUUGAAUCAUACCAUUAGGAUCAUAUCCCCAGUCCCAGUAGGCAGUAGUAGCUAGAGCAACCAGAAGAUAUGACUAUGUCCCUUUACUGUUCUUCUCUUCUCAUUCUUUGCAUUGCUACUUCUGCCAUCGCUCAGAAUACUCUCAAUGCUGUUAACUGCUGCUCUAGAAUUGAGAAAUCAGUGGCCAGUUUCAGUUCACAGAUUAGCAGUACCUGCAAUGGGCCAUCAGAUGCAGCAAUAGCUUCACUAGAGGCAAAUGUAUCUGCACUACAAGAGACAGUGUCUUCACUACAAGAAGCAGUGUCUUCUCUCUCAGCUGAUAUCAAGAAAGUCUUAAACUAUUCUUCUGAUCCUUUCUUCACCUCAUGCUAUGAUAUACUACAAAAGUUCCCAGACAGUCCCUCAGGAUACUAUAGGAUUGUUGGGUUCUCUCACAAAGUUUAUUGUCACAUGUCUAAUCUACCAAACACAGAUGAAAAGGGAUGGAUUCGAAUAGCUUAUCUUGAUAUGUGGAAUACAAAGGAUUGUCCAAGUGGAUUUAAAUUUUUUGAUUUCAAUGGCGUCCGUGCCUGUGGUCGUCCAUAUUCUCCUUGUAAUAGCUGUACUAACACUUACUUUCAAGUUCAGGACUUUAAAUAUUCACAAAUCCAUGGAAAACUAGUCGGCUUUCAAGUAGGAACUACUGAUGGAGCUCAUGGUACUGCAUUCAACAUUAAUUCAGGAUAUGUUGAUGGUGUCAUGUUAACUCAUGGUAGAACCAGGAAGCAUAUCUGGACCUUUAUAGCUGGCCAGGAUAAUGAUGGUAAUAGGAACUACUGUCCUUGUGCCAAAUGGUAUGCACACCCAAAAGCUGUACCAUCAUUUGUUGGUAAUGAUUAUUACUGUGAAGGUGGGAGUCAUCAUUCACCUGCAAUACCACACUAUUUCUAUAGAAAUGAUCCAUUAUGGGAUGGUUUGCGUUGUGGUACCAGUGAAGAGGCAUGCUGUAAACCCCCAUGGUUUAGUAAGACUAUUAAUCCUCCAACCAGUGAUUCUAUUGAGUUGAGACUCUGUCUUGAUGAAGGAAGUGAUAAUGAAGACGUUCUUUUGAAGGGAUAUCAGAUUUACAUUAGGUAGGCUUUAGGUUUAUUAACUGUGGAUUUUUUCUAUUCUAGGU